UCCAUGCGCUCUCACUACGAUCAGAGAGGCGAACGCUCUAGAAUUGGGAAACAUCCCCCUUCUCCGGGAGUCCUGUCAAGAGAUGGGAAGCGUAUGCUGUCGCCACCGGCCUGCCUGGGUGUAUGCGAGUGUGGAUUUCAGCAUCACAGGACCGCACUUUUGAUUAUAUCAUUCAAAGUAGAUUCCUUUUCUGGGCGAGAAAGGGAACUAACUGAGAUUGCGCAGUAAAUGUAUCAGAAGUUCGGAACCCAGCAUGAAAAAGGCGAGCAGGCCGGCGGCUGCUACCACCAAGGCAGCAGGGGGCGCUAAAGCACAGCAGGCCGAGAAGGGCAAAGCCGAGGGUGCUGCCAACAGCAUGGGCACAGGGGGCAAGAGCACAGCAAAGACUGCAGCCACGGGGCCACUAGCUAAGACAAAAAGCAGUGAUGAUCUGCCUGCUGCUACCACUGGAAGUGGAGGGACCACAGUAGGAACCAGCACCGGCACCAAGACCAAAAGGACCGGCAGCGCUACAUCCAACCCCAGCAUCCCAGAGACCAAGACGAAGAGCACCUCAGGCUCGAUGAGCAGACGUGGGACAUCGUCUCAGUCAAAAGAGCCCGGCUCCAACCGCGAGAGCCUGAGGGAGCGCUCUCGAGCCGGCGCCGCCAAGAAGGCCUCGGGUCCGUCAGACCCCGCAGCACUCUCCAAGCGCUCCCGCUGCCGCGUGCUGGCCGAGUCCGAGUCGCGCAUGAGCAAGUCGCGCUCGGACGGCCAGAUCAGCCAGAAGGCCCUGCUGGAGGCCCGGGUCAAAGACCUCCUGGGCCUGGCCAAGAGCAAGGACCUGGAGAUCCUCCACCUGAGGGGGGAGCUGCGCAACAUGCACUCCCAGCUCGGGAUGCUGGAGCCUGGGACCGACGAAGCCGAAGGUGUGACCAGUGAGGAGGCCAGCGGCGAUUUGGCCAAUGGCGAAGACGAAGCUCCUGCGGCGAAGGCCGUCCCCGAGAAAGAGCCGUCGGGUCCGUUCAGCGCGGCCGACGUGGAGUCGACGCUGCUGCUGCUGCAGGACCAGAACAUCUGCAUCCGUGGCGAGCUCAACCUGCUGAAGAGCGAGAACCGCAUGCUGAAGGACCGGCUCAACGCGCUGGGCUUCUCCCUGGAGCGUCUGGACAGCCCGGACAAGGGCCUGCGCUGUGCUUCCCUGAGCCCGGAGCCCGGGACGGUCAGCAGCAGCAGAGCGGGCAGUGUGGGCACCAGAGCCUCCUCGGCCGAAGGCUCGGCCCGGGGCUCCACGGAGGACCUGCUGGCCGACCACCACCACCGGCGCCUGCGUCCGCUGUCCCCGGAGGCGGCCGACAGCGAGUGCAGCGAGGCCUACCAGCCGGUGGUCACCUCCAGCGACGACGCGCUGGACGCGCCCUCGGGCUCCUCGUCCGAGUCGGAAGGCUGCGGCGGUCCGCCCUCGCGCUCGUCGCCGUCCCUCUCGCGCCGGGGCAGCAGCAGCGAGGUGUCAGUGGCCUGCCUGACCGAGCGCAUCCACCAGAUGGAGGAGAACCAGCACAGCACGUCCGAGGAGCUGCAGGCCACGCUGCAGGAGCUGGCCGACCUGCAGCAGAUCGCCCAGGAGCUGAGCUCGGAGAACGAGCGUCUGGGCGAGGAGCGCGCGCUCCUGGUGGACUCGCUGUGCCAGCAGGGCGAGCGGCUGGAGCUCUACGGCCGGCAGCUGGAGCUGUUCCGCGGCCUGCUGGACGAGCACCGCGUGCCCUACGCCGCCGGCGGCAGCGGCGAGCCCGGCGAGCCGGACGCGCACAAGAGCGGCCGCUACCUGGAGCUGGAGCGGCGCUACGGCGAGCUGGUGGAGGGCGCGCGCUGCGAACGCGAGCAGCUCCUCGGCGUCCAGCGGCAGCUGAGCGGCGCGCUCAAGAUGGCCGAGCAGGAGAACGCCGAGGCCCAGGGGCUGGCGGCGGCGCUCAAGGAGCGCGUCCAGCGGGCCGAGCGGGCCGCCGAGGCCGAGCGGCGGCAGCGGGACGCGGCGGCCGGCGAGCUGGAGGCCCUCCGGGCGGCGUCCGGCGGCGACCAGGCCGAGCUGGCCAGGUGCCGCGCCCAGCUGGAGCAGGAGAGGCAGAGGGUGGCCCAGCUGCUGGCCAUGCACGGGGCUGGGGAGAAGAGCGACGUCCGGCAGCUGCUGGACAGCGAGCGGGUGGAGAAGGAGCGGGCCGAGAGCCGGGCCGCACAGCUGCAAGAGGAGCUUGGACACACCAGAGGCCAGGCGGCACAGCUCCGCGAAGCCAUCAGCAAGCUGGAGAGUGACUUUGGCGCGUUCCGUGGCGAGGUCCAGCAGCAGCUGGCCGAGCAGAAGCGCGCACUGGAGAAGCAGCGUCUGGAGCUGCAGGAGAAGGACGCGGACAUCGCCAACAUGAAGGAGACCAUCUUCGAGCUGGAGGACGAGGUGGAGCAGCACCGCACCGUCAAACUCCACGACAACCUCAUCAUCUCCGACCUGGAGAAUACAGUCAAGAAGCUAACAGACCAAAGAUAUGAUAUGGAGAAGGAGAUAAAAAUCCUCAAUCGCAAAAUAAGGGAGGAGUCUGCCGAGUGGCGGCAGUUUCAAGCAGACCUGCAGACGGCUGUGGUCAUUGCUAACGACAUCAAGUCCGAGGCGCAGGAGGAGAUUGGGGACCUGCGGCGCCGUCUGGUGGAGGCUCAGGACAAGAACGAGAAGAUGAGCAAAGAGCUGGAUGAGCUCAAGAACCGCAAGCAGGAUGAGGAGCGCGGGCGUGUGUAUAACUACAUGAACGCUGUGGAGAGGGACCUGGCUGCGCUGAGGCAGGGUAUGGGCCUUAGCCGACGCUCCUCCACUUCCUCUGAACCAUCGCCCACUGUUAAAACACUCAUCAAGAGCUUCGACAACGCCUCACAAGGACCUAUCCCCGCUGUUGUUCCUGCUGUUGCCGCGGCAGCCAUUCCACGUACUCCUCUGAGUCCCAGCCCUCUGAAGACUCCUCCGGCAGCUGCCGUCUCUCCCAUACAGCGGCACUCUGUGACCACACCCAAACCCCUCUGCUCUCUGGUGGACAAAAGACCAAGCUACUCUGACCUCAGUAUGCCAGGAGAGCACCUUCUCCGUACUUCACCGGGCACACGUUCAGGCUCAGCUCUCCAGCGGGUGCCCAACAUUGACUCGUCCAAAUCCAUCUCAGUAUCUCGGCGUAGCAGUGAGGAGCUGAAGAGGGACCUAUCCGUCACGGAAAACACCGGCUCCACCCCCCUGAUUACGCUUGGACCCUCCUCCCCGCAGCUGUCACUCACCUCAAGCUCCUCCCCCACGGCGUCAGUCACCCCCACAACCAGAGGCCGCUUAAGGGAGGAGAGGAAGGACCCCCUGGCCGCUCUGUCCAGGGAAUAUGGCGGCUCCAAGAGGAACGCUUUGCUGAAGUGGUGUCAGAAGAAGACAGAAGGCUAUCCGAAUAUCGACAUCACUAACUUCAGUAGUAGCUGGAACGACGGUCUGGCGUUCUGCGCUGUCCUCCACACGUACCUCCCGGCACACAUCCCCUACCAGGAGCUGACCAGCCAGGACAAGAGGAGAAACUUCACCCUGGCCUUCCAGGCUGCAGAGAGCGUGGGGAUCAAGUCCACACUGGACAUCAGUGAAAUGGUGCACACAGAGAGACCCGACUGGCAGAGUGUCAUGACUUACGUCACAGCCAUCUAUAAGUACUUCGAGACCUGAAGACACUCCACCACCACCACCCCUCCCAGCCUGGACCUUAUUCAGAACCUCAGAGACGCCCAACCCUCAAGCACACCCCUCUCUAUGAGGGGGCCUACCAGACAACAGACAAAAACAAGUAAACGGCAAGAAACGAGACCGAAACCAUCCCCGGGUUCAGCUUCCGCGGCGGUUGCGCUGCGUGUGUAGCAUCUCGCCGCCUCCUCCUCCUCCUCCUCCUCAGCCAACAUGAACUUCCUGCGCCAGUGCCGCGCUGUUGCACAACACAAGAAGCUGCAGCAUGCAUCGCUUAUCGCCGGACCAUAAGCACGCUGCAUCAAGACAGGCACUCUGUGCAAGCGUUGUGGUUUUAUGACCACAGAUUGUGUGUGUGUGUGUGUGAGAGAGGUGUCGUGUGUUGUUAUUUGAGUAUGUACAGUAUGAGCUAUGUGAAUAUGACUACACAAGCAGGCCUUUUGUUAUUUUCCUCCCAGCACAGACCCUCCCUCACUUCCUGUCUACCUAGGCUGCCUGUUCUCAUGUGCCCUACCCACCGCCACCACCAGCCUAUUUUCACACGUAACGCCGUUACAACUCACACACUAUUAAGAAAAGAAAAAAGACUGAACUCGACAGCGAGGCGCUGAGAUCAGAGUUGCAGGCCUCCUCUUUUCGGUGCCAAGCUAGUAUCGUGCCAGAUGACCACUGGGGAAAGCAUUUUCCUCUCUGUGGCUUCGUUGUGGUGAUCGUGCCUUACCCCGACCCGUCAAUUCAGUCUCAGCUCAUUGGGUACAACAUGCUUCCUAAAUCUGAACAGACAGAAAUAGAUUUUUUGUGGCAAUAAGCCCAUUUCUCUUUUUUUUUUUUUCUUCUCUCCUCGAGAGAGUGAGACACUGAAGCGUGUUUUGGUCAGCUGAUGUUCCACCCAGUGCCAAAUUAAGUCUGUGACGGCUCUGUUGAAAUCAUUGAUACUACCGAAAUGGUUGUUGCGCCUAUUGAUGCAUGUGUAUUGUGUUGCCAAGCCUUGGAGUCUUAAAACUCCUGAAUAGGCAUCUAAAAGGGACACUCUACUACACUCUACAGUGACCACAACAUAGACCAGGUUCUCCAUGUAUGUAUGAGAACUAAUGAUUUCCAUUACAAUUGUAUAUACCAAGCACACUACAUAGUGGCUUUUUGUGCAAUGUUCAAGCUAUAGCUAAAGUGUUCAAAUAGAACACAUACCUUGGAAUGAUUGUCGCACACAUUCUUUGUCCCGUUUGCCUUUGUCCUACCACAAUGCCUGUCACUACCACCCGUGAGCUGAUCAAUUAUGGCUGUCUUAAGCCUCUCAGUUCUACUGCUGUACCCGCAAAAGUUGCCGUUACUUCACCUCAAUGCUAAGAUAGCCUCUCCUCUAUACUGUAAUCCUCUGAAAUAACUUUGCUAAGUAAUCUGAUCAUCCUAAACAAGCUCCUUCAUCAUUCUUCAUCAUUUUUUUUUUCUAGCAUAGCAGUUAUGCAGAAGCUCUGUGGGAUUUCCAUGAUCACGCUCUCCACCAGCAAAACACUUUGGAAAAAGGAUUUCGAAUCCCUGUUUGGCAUUCCAUUCCAGCCUCGUCUCGGAUCUUUUGCUCCCAGAUUUCAAAGCACAAGUAGGACGGUAGUGGGCCCAGCGCUCUCUUUUUGUCAUUCUUUUGGGCAUUCUCUCCACUUUGUACUUCUCCAUACCUAUGGAAUUUGUUUAUCUUAAGUGCAAAGCUAGACCAAAGCCCUAUAAACUCAUCCAGAGACUCAAGAUGCACCAGCCUUGAGCGAGCGCUUGAUUGGUUGUGAACUGCAUUGCUGCACUAUUGUGAACGCAAUUGCAUAGGCUGCACUAUUAUGACGUUAUAACGUUUUUCUGGAGCUGGUCUUGAGAAAUCAUACAAGUAGUACUCCGAUGCGAUCGCACAGCAGCACUGAAUCACGUGCACUGGUCUGUCGGAGAAGGACACAUCGGACCGUUUUUCUCUCGGGUUGGAUGCCUUAUGCUACUGGAGAUCUCUCUUGUCAAAUGUGCUUUGAACCCCACUGGCACAGACUUCCUGGAUCCAGUGUUAAAUAAGUUGUCAGUACAAACAAUGUAAACAUUCUAGAGAACAAAUAAUAUUGGUUCUGCCAAACUCAAUAUUGUCCAAGAACUGUUCUCAUUUCGGGCUUCGUAGAGCGGGUUGAGAUGAUUGGUUUUCCCUUGGGGUGAUGGCUUUAAAAUAUCUACAGGGGGGGAAAGGCCACAUGGAAAGACCUGUUAUCGUUCAUAUUGAAACAGUGCUUGCAUGAUGAUGCACAAGGGGAAGGUAGGUCAACCUCAAGUUCAGAUUGGGAUCUCCACGCUAACUUGGUCUGUGGUCUAGCUCACCCCUUAUUGCACACAAUCAUGAGAUCACGACCAAGACCAUAUGGUGACAUUUCUGUAAGGACUCAAGCCCAGCUAUUUGUUUGUCUGACAUUUGCAGACAUAAGCACAUGCUGUUUUUUUAUUUAAUAAAUGAACAUAUUUGGACAUAUUGGCUUGAGAACAAAGGCAUAUGCUUGAAAUCCUAAUCUGAACCUCAUAGACUCAAAAAUUCUAAGAGCAACAAACAACGGUUCAGUGGUUUAGUAGACCUUAAGUCAUCUGACAUGGCUGUGACUAAAAUCUACAGAGAGCUUGACAAUGAGUGUUUUCUGAGAGUGUUAUGCGUAUUUAUAUGGAAUUUGUCUUUUCAUGGCUUUGUGUUUCAAAGGAAACCCCAAGACGUGGAUGUGAGGUUUUUGUUGAGGUGUUUGAUUUGUCAGAGGCUCGUGAGCAUGUGUGAAAGGGCAAUGAGCUCAAAUGAAACUGGUUCGUUAAGCAGAUAAAUGAAGAUCAUUUGCCUCUGUUCAAACAAUUUUUGAAAAGUUUACAGUUUUUAGUGCUAUUUACGCUGAGAAUUAUCACCCAAUCCUUAUCAUGCUGUUUAUUUGUUUCAUUUUCAAAUAAAACUAAUCUACUGUAUGUCAA